AUGUUUAAACCGACUGUCACUUUUAGUGAAAUCUAAAAACGAAAAAAAAUGAUAAUUGGAAUGCAUUUGAUGGAGCUCUCAGAUAGAUAUCGCUUCUUUAGUAUAGUUGGGUCUGGAAGGAGCUAAAAUUACAAAACUACAUCAAAUAGUUAAAAUAAAAAAUAACAUUUUUUUACUCAAAAACAUAGUACAACUCUGCCUGUUACACCAACAAGUAAAUCUCCAUCCUUCUUAGAGAGCUCUAGACUUUUAGUAUUAAAGUAAAUUAAUAUUACACCAAGAAUAAAAUAAUUAAAACCUAAAGCUUUGAUGAGGAUUAGGUAGUAGAAAACUUAAACUAUUGAUAAAAAUUUUAAUGAAUCAUUUAGAUAAAAGGAAUCUCCAGAUAAUCCUUAAUAAAAAAAAUUGAAAUAUUCUCUAAAAAACUAAUAGAGUGAAAUAUCUUAUUCUUCAGAUCAUGAUGAUUUUAUUGAUUAUGUAUGUAAUAAAAAAUUAAUAUGA